AUGAACAUGUUGCAAGGGCAAUCAUGUGUGAGUCAGAAAGCUGACUUAGCCGAUCCAGAAUUUAAUGUCGCGUUACCUGUAGAAUUAUUAAUAGGUUCUGAGUUAUAUUUUGAUAUCUUGCAACAGGGCUGCGUACGGUUGGGACAUUGUCUACCAGUACUAAGAAAAAGUCACUUUGGUUGGUUGUUGUCAGGGAUUUAUGAACAGUCGGAUUCUGUAGCUCAUGUUGGCUUUGUUUCGAAUGAAGACUUGCACAAUAACCUAGCAAGGUUUUGGCAAAUUGAGGAGGAAUCUUCAAGCAAUGUCACAAUGAAUGGGUCGGAUAAGUUGUGCGAGGAGCAUUUUGUGUCCAACGUAAGUAGGAAAAAUAAUGGCAUAUUCGAGGUUGCCUUACCCUUUAAAUCAGAUAAGAAAGGCAGCUUAGGAGAAUCAUUCAAUAGGGCAAAAUGCAGGUUGGAAAAUUUAGAAAGACGUUUUACCCGAGAUACGAAAUUAGCUAAGGCAUACAAUGAGUUCAUCCAAGAAUACAUCAGAUUAGGACAUGCAGAGCUUAUUGACUUGAAGAAGGUUCCAGUAGGGUCAUACUUUAUACCGCAUCAUGCAGUAUUAAAGGAUGGGCGUUAUGAAAAGAUCAGGGUUGUAUUUGAUGCAUCUUGUAAGACAAGUUCUGGCCUAUCUUUAAAUGAGACAUUACACACUGGACCUAAACUUCAGCAAGAUUUAUUUUCAAUCUUGAUUAGAUUUCGCUUUCAUCUGUAUGUUUUUGUUGCUGACAUAGUAAAAAUGUAUAGGCAAAUACGAGUUCGGGAAGCAGACCAAUACUAUCAACUCAUUCCUUGGAGAACAUCACCUGAGUCUGAAAUAGAAGUCUUUAAGCUUACUACCGUUACGUAUGGAACCGCAUGUGCUCCUUUCUUAGCGAUACGUUGUCUAAAAAUGUUGACGUCUAAUGAAAAUUUGUUAUACCCUCUCGAGUUGCUGAAAUCUUAG